UUGAUGGAUCGUAUAUUUACAUCCUUAUCUCAACUGUAGUAGUGAAAUUAGUUCCGCAGUGACUGUGGGAGCUGCCAUAUCAGUUGUCCAGAUGGGGGCGCACGGGAUCUGAGUAAAGCGCAUUGUGAGCACAGACAGACGCGGGGAGGAGAGGACUUUAUGAGGGGUUGCACCACAACUUGCUGUAGUCGAUUCUGAACUUUCGGAUCUGAUCGUGCUUGAGGACCCUGUCGCAGCUUUUCUUUUCUCCUCAAUUUCAACACGCGUGGAUCCAAGUCAACUUAAUAUGAAAAAAUGUCGAUAAAUGAAGUGUACGUUUUCCGACCGUUCAAAUUGAUUGCUUUACUUUGUGUAUUUCUGGCAUUGUGUCUGGACAUCGUAGCGUUAUUGAGCCCCGCUUGGGUAACGGCAGAGCGUUUUUCUUUGUCGCUAUGGGAAUCAUGCACUGAAACAGAGGCUGGCUGGAGAUGCCUUUCCACCCUCACAUCUGACUGGCAGAUCGCCACUCUGGUGCUGCUGCUGGCUGGUGCUGCGGUGACUCUGGUGACCUUCCUGGUGGCCCUCAUCUCCCUGUGCCGGGGGACACACAGACGGCACUACCGCAUGGUGGCCGUGUUCCUGUUCACUGCAGUGGUCCUUCAGGCCUGUGCACUGGUCCUCUACCCAAUCAAGUUCAUUGAUGGAACUGUCCUCCAGACCUACCAUGAGUUCAACUGGGGCUACGGACUGGGCUGGGGAGGCACCAUCUUCAUGCUAGGGGGAGGCAUCCUCUUCUGCCUCCGGACGGACAUGUACGAGGACGCUAUGUACUGAAUCCUCUCUCUCUCUCCUACUCUCUAUAUCGCUCUCUUGUUCUUUCUGUCACACACACAAACAAAUAUUGACAUCCACUCUCUUGUGCGACAACACACCCACACAACACACCCACACAAACACAUCCUUCCUCUGCCCACAUAGACAAGCUUCGACACCUACAUACAGUACAUCUCUGUUAUUUAUAGACAGCGUGUGAGGGCUCCUGGCUCUGGCUGAUCAGCAGGAGAGAUGAAGUCGGAGGAGCAGCUGUGUGGAGAGAAUGUCUGCCUGUCCCCAGUGGGGUGCCAGAGACCCUCACCACGGUCAGACAGACAGCCAUGAUGUUAAAUCACAGAAAUGGUUUUGGACAGACGGGCCACUCGACCUAUGAACUUUUCUACAGCGCAUCCCAUGAAUCUCCAUUUGUAGAGCAACAAGAAAGUAGAUUCUCUGAGCCCUACCCUCUGGGCUGAGGUGUUUAUAUAGGGGAUUGUUACAGUAUAUGGGCCAUCCCACCAAUUCGGUGCCUUUUGAAAAAAAUUACUUUUGAUUUCACAUUUUAACAUUCUGUCAUAAAGAGCAAAUGUUCAACUUAAUAAAAGUUUUCCCAUCUCAAAAUAAAUAAAAAAGACAAUAGAAAGUGCCUAUUAAGUGCCAAAUAAAGUAACAGGGUUGACAAUUUAAUCUUAAAUCAGCCAUGGAUCCUGUUUUGACUUGGGAAUGGAAGCUUGUUGUUUGCAACAGGGAGUGGCAAUUGAAUGCAAGCUUCACCAAAAAUGUUUAAUUGUUUAAACAUUUCUAGUAUAUCUAUCUAUGGGUAACAGGGUUGAUGUGUUGUGCUCGACCCCUCACUUUCCACGACGACACCAGAAAAUGUCCAAUAGGAGUAGAGCCAGCUCACCUGCUUUUACACUAUGAUUUGACUAUUAAUUACUAAUGACUACUAAUUUUCAGAAAUAAUUUUGUCAAAGCAACUUCAUAACUAGGGCUUUACAAUGAUGGUGAAAACGUACAGAAUUUUCGGGUUAAGUGGGUUAAAAUAUUACAAGUCACAGAGGGUGCAUGGAGGGACAUGUCAAAAUACACAAUUUGGGCUCUUUAGCAAGUCUUUAUUCAUAUAAAAAAUGUGAUUUAUAGAAUUCUCCAUGUGGUCUAUAUUCAUUUAAUAUAAAAGUAUUUUAAUAUGUAAUAAUGUUUAUUUAAAAUAGCAAAUGGAUGCAAAAGGCACUCUUAGUGGAACGACCCAUAUAUUCUUUUUUCUUUUGUGUAUUUUUUUGUGAUGACGACAACUAAUAUUGUUAAUGUAUUGAUGGUAUCAUUUAUCUUGCUAUCUAUUCUCCCACAGGAAGAUAUAUAUUUUAUGUAUUGCUGUUUCAUAAUUGCAGUUUCUGAACACUGAGAAGUUAAAAUGGGUGAAUCCCAAAACAUGCCUGGUUUUCAAACUCCUCCUGACAUUUGUAGUGUAAAAUAAACAGUACUGAUAUAUAUGCAAUAAUGACCAAA